AUAAGUAAAAACAUUCAAUAAUCGAUUUUAUAAAAAAAUAAUUUUAAACUAAAUUUUUUUAAUUUAAUUAAAAUAAAAUAAGUUGUUUAAUAUUUAAAUUAUAACUUUACAACUAAUUUUUAAUAGUAAAUUUUCUUUUUUUAAAUUUCGUCAUCGCUUUACAGUUUUUAAGAUGACUGUCGAUUCCAAAUACGCUCAUCUGAGCGGUAUCGCUUAUGACCAGCCAGAUGUCUAUGAGACGUCCGACUUGCCUGAGGAUGAUCAGCAACUUGAUUAUAUGGAAGAGGAAAAUGAAGAUAUUGAUCGAGUACAUAUUGAUACUUCUGAAGCUUAUGACCGUUUCAAAAAUCAAAUUGUAGGUGCAGAUAACAUUGAUUUUUCAGACAAACUGGGAAAGAAAUUAAAAACUGGUUAUAGAUCAAAGAAUGAACAUUGGGAGUUAGGGGCACAAGGAGAAAAGGAAACACCUUUAGAAAAGUAUUAUAGACUUAAGUUAGAAACUGAAGAAUUAGUUCAGGAAAUAAAUACAUUAAAAGAGAUUAAAAACGAACCCGAUGAACAGUUAUGUGCUAGUAUUGGAUCUCAAGUUCAAGAUGUUAUGCUAAAGCUGUCAACUAUAAACGUGGAUGAGUCUUUUGAACAACAAGUUGGAAAUUUAGGAACUUCUGAGAUAGAUGCCAUUCAACAAUACAUUGCUUCAGUUACUGAUAUGUUAAAAAAUCUACCGGAUGAAAAAGACAAAAAUAAGAAUAAAAAUGAAAAUGAAAGUUCAUCGCAAGCUUUAAUUUUUCAAGCUUUAAUCAGACCGAAGAAAGCUCAGCUAGAACAAGUGUCACACAUUUCUCGACUAGAAGAGCGUUUAAGAAAAUUAGAGUCAAUCAUUGGAUCGGGCGGAUUGGCAUUGAAACGAUUGGGUUAUUGUGAAAGCGGUGGUUUAAUUGAAGCUGUCCGAUUAUUAGUAGGCCAACUCUCAGUUCUAAAUUCUUCUCAACUCGACGCUGUGGAUACUAGAGUUUCCAAUUUAUUACCAAAACUCGAACAAGCUGCAGCAAAACUAGAUGUUCAAGAUGUUGAAAAAGACAAAAAAAUCAAUGAACUCUAUGAAAUCAUUUUAAAAGCGAAACAAGAAUCUCAUUUAUUACCAGACGUCUUACAAAGAAUGGUGGCUUUAGAAUCUCUUCAUCAAAAAGUUAGUAAAUUGGUUGUAACCAUAAGUAAUCUGGAUGCUCAAUACACAGAGAACUCAGAAAAUAUCGAAAAAAAUAAUGUAUUUUUAAAAAGUAUUAAAACACAUAUUGCCGAAAACAUGACGAAAAUGAAUUCCAACUUGCAGUCGUUAAAUGCAAGACUAGAAGCUGUAGACAAGUUAAAAAAAUCCCAUUCAUGAUGCUUUAAAAUGCUACUAUGUUUAAUAUAAAUUAUUUAACUAUAAAAAUGUAUACUACAUAGCUUUUAUAUUAUUUGCAUCGAUGUAAUAUUUAGAGUAAUGCUUACGAUUAAUGUAAAAUAUUAAUAUAUACCAACUAUAAAUAAAUACCAAAUUAACAA